AUGUUAGUUUGGCGGACUCGCCUGGUUCAAGGUAUUUGCGGCGGCGGUCAACAUUCCUGUACGAGACGGGCGGUGUAUUUGUUUGAGCUCUACUGCAUCUACCUCUCUUCACUAUGUUCACUUCUUCCGAUGCUUGCUAGGCACGUUUCGAUUCGGUUUGCGGUGUUCACUGUGACUGUCCUCGGCCACGUGAAUGGCUUGGCCGGCACGCACAACGAGGAUGAGAGAGGUUUCGGUGGCGGUUCUGGUGCUACGGUACGCCAUGACGUCCCGAACCUCAAGCAUGAUGGGUAUCGGGUGUCAGCUACUUUAACCAGUGAGGCGACAGCCGCGACCUCGACGAGCGAUGGUACUACUGCAGUAGUCGAGGACUCAGGGGACAAGAAUAACACGGGUGAGAUUGAAGCUGCUCCCCGUCUGCUACACGAGAAGGCGCGGAAUGGUAAGACGAAGCGGAAUCGGAGGCGACUGGCAUAUGCCGCUGGAGUAGCUGCUGGUGUGCUGUUGGGGGUGCUUGUCUUCAGAAAAGCCCGACGGUGGCACCGUGAGAAGGAAGACCGCAAUGUUGCGAUGGCUGCAACAUACUUGCACGCCGCUCAAGACGCAACUAACCGAAUAGCGAAAGCUAUAUCGAAGGCCAAACGGGAUGCCCAAUACUUUAUACCUCAUGCCAGGAAUGCAGAGGUCUGGCACAAAGGCACGCCGCGGGAAGCAGUGGAGAGAAAAAUGAGGGAGGAUUUAGAAGCCCUCGUGGGGAUGCUAGAGAGAGAGGGGGAUGCAGUUGCCGCUGCGCAUAAAGAGCUACGUGAUGCCACAGAUGCCGUACCGUAUGAGAUGUGGAGUCGCGGCCAAUCUUUAUUGACUCAAGAGGAAGUUGCCGAAGCUGCUGAACACGGGCGCCUCUCGGAGGCGAGACAUUUUUGGCGUCAUUUCGCACCUGCCGGGAAAGAACUGAGAGAGAGUCUUAUUCCACAGGUGAUGCGGCUAAAGACCGAGGUGGAGGAAGCGCGGCGUACACGGUCACCUAAUUUGACAUCAUUGCUUGAGCAGUUGAAAGAGGCUAAGAACACGAGGACCGCUCGACGGGUAGACACCUAUUUAGGGAGCGUGGUAGGCAAGCUGCCGGAUGUCGUCCACAUGCAGCCCGAAGAUGCCGAAGUAGCAAUUGGUGGUUUCGGACCUUCCCCGAUGGAGCCUGCUUAUGUUAGACUUGCGAAGAGCAAAUUCGUGGGGUUGCGCAGAGGAGCAUCUUGA